CUUCCGUGUCAGAUUGGGUCAACUAUAUUACAAGAUGGAGCUAAUUUUACAGACGGUCUGCGACGCGAAUGGUUGAGAAACUAAACCAUGGCAACUAACCAGGUGUGGCCACCAGGUGGUGAGCAGCAAGGAGGUUCAGAGGCUAUUUAUUCAUCUGUUCCAAAUGAGGUAAGAACAAAGAUGGAUUCCUCAGACGAUGAGACAGACCUUUAUGUGGAUGCGUUUUCUACUGUCCCGGUCAACACACUGAAGCGCCAGGGUCAAGGUCAACUUGAAAAUGCAGGUAUGGAUUUACAAACUAGGUCUAAUGUGUUGUUCGGUGAGGCUGCUACAGAUUAUGACGUAGUUAAGGCCCCUUUGUCCUUGUAUGGUAUCUCAAAACCUGUUACUGACAUGUGGCAACCACCGCCUUUUCCUUCAGAUGUUAUUUUAAGGACAUCUGAAGGUCAGUCUGAACCGCCUACUGGACAGUCAAGGAAUGGCCAAAUUGUGUAUGAUCUUGUGUCACAUUCUGACUUUCCUGUCUAUGAAUUAGCUAAAAAUGUAGUUAGGUCUCCUGUUGAUGAAGGACCUGAAGAAUCUCUUCCAGAGCUAAGGAUUGUAGAGGAAGAAAAUGGAACACAAGGUGAUAACUUCUACGAGGCAGUUUGUAUGGAUGAUGGUGUACAAUCUAAUGAACAAGGAGCUGAAUCAAUGUGUCCCUCCAAAGAUCAGGACGCGAAAUGUACAGUGAAGAAAGAAGAUUCAAAAUGUACGAUGGAUGAAAAAGAUUUGAUGUGUUUACUGGACCGAAAUCCUGAACAACUAACUGUUAAACAGGAGGGUGAAAACCAGCUUCUGCAAGUGGAGCCUGAAAAAGUUCUAAGUGAUGCUGACUACAAAAAGGAUGAUAAAUUUAUCUAUGAUUUAGCUGGACCAGUAAUAGACAAUGGCAAAGAUUCUCAAAUAGAGGACAAGGCACCAGGAUCCCUAGUCGAGCAGGAAGUUCCACCAAAACCGUUAUGUAGGAAAGAAAGCUUACAAGGGAAAUUGCCGCCAGGAGCCAGUGGAGUGUACGAGGAGAUAACUCUGCCAGAUACACUUCCUAGCCAAGAGAAAACCUCACUUAAACCAAAAAUAAAAAAGAAACGAUCAUCCCGAGAAAAGACAAAGAGGGGAGGAAAUAAAUGGGAUACACUCCAGAGAGGAACUACACCAAGUCAGAGCAUGCAGGGAUACCCCACAGUAUCUUCUGAAGGGACUUUGUACAAUGAUGUCUAUUAUCCAGGGGAUAAUGAUGACUAUGGAAAUUCCCUGGACGGCGGGUCAACGGACAGCGAAUUUGACACAAUAUCGGACCAGGAAGAGGCAGAACUAGCAGAAAUUGAUACUUAUAGCAACAAGCCUCUCCCUAAACCACCUCCCAAAUCUAAAGCCGGAAUCUUAGAGCGAAUGAUGCCCAAAAGCAUGAUAAAGAAAACAGACAAGCCUUCAUUAGAGGAGGAAAGCCCCUGUUUACCGGUCAAGCUGGACACCAAAAGACAUCCCCCUCCAGAAAUGCCCGCUCCUCCUGCGGACCUCACUCAGACACAGCACAAGAAGAGAAAGGUGAUCGAGGGUAUCAUAGGCAGUGAGAAAUCCUAUAUAGAUUCUCUGGACAGGGUGGUCAAUGUGUAUAAAACCCCUCUGUUGGCUGUUUAUAAUUUGGACACUAAGGAGGGGAAAUUAAAGGAUGUAUUCAACAAGACACAAGAGAUCCUCAACUAUCACCUUAUGUUCCAACUGGAGCUAGCCGAGUGUGUCAAGAACUGGGACACCACAGAGAGGAUUGGAGACAUUUUCACUGCUUCUUUUUCCCGGGCCAUGGUGGUUGAUGUUUACAGUGACUAUGUUAACAAGUUCUCCAUGGCAAUGGAGGAGAUCAAACGUGCUCAGAAUGCACAGCCUGCUCUCCGCAAAUUCUUACAGCCACAAUUUGGAAAUGAGGUAAGCCAAUCAGAUUUAUCGCCUGGUGCGCGCAGUAAGAGGCCGGUUGACGUACAGGCUCUACGACGAGAUCCGAACUUUCUAGUCGUCCAGGAACAAGAGCAAACGACAUCUGACCGUCUGUCCAUAUUUGGUCUGAUGGUGAAGCCUGUCCAGCGGUUCCCACAGUUCAUCAUGUUCAUGCAGGACUUACUGAAGUACACACCACCGAACCACCAUGACCGCUGUGCCCUCCAGAGGGCGAUGACUGAACUAGAGAAUGUUGCACACCGCCUCAACGAGAGCAAACGUGAAAGUGAACAGUAUCUGGAGGCUAAGAGACUGCUCAAAAAGCUUGGCAGGACGUUUCCUGAACGCUCACAGAAACUGCUCCGUCAGGACGACUUUGAACAGAUGACCAAGGCCAAUAACUCUGCGGAGAUCCAGAUGAAGAAGCGGCGCCUCAUUCUGAUGGAUGACUGUUUGAUUUUGAUUGGUGUAACUUACAGAGACACUGAAGACCGCCGGGCGUCAGAGCAACUGAAGGUGAAGAGUGUUUGUGCACUGGUGAAUCUGGAGUUGAAGGAUAGUUCUAUCUCUCCUGACAUGCAGAGCAAUAUCUUAACCACAGGUCGGCGAACUUCCAUACAGACAAAGGCCCCACAAAAGCCGGAGGAUGAUCCCUUCCACCUGUACAACGACCUUAGCGGCAUGAUGCAUGACCUUUCUGUUCUUGCUAAGAUCGGAGCCCUCACCUCGUCGCUUCAGAAUACGUACGAGAAUUUAAGCGAGGAUCUUGUGAUUGAGGUGACACGUGACCUCCAGCAGAUGAUUCAGGUGAAGGACCAGCAGCUUCAGCUUCUGAACAGCUGUACCAUCAACGUCCACGAUACCUUCAAGAAUGUGCGGUACACGUUCCAGACAUCGACGCCAGUGAUGAAGCAGGAGUGGUGUAAAGAGUUCCUCAUGGCCAAGUUUGCUCUCGAACCACCCAAUAACCCUGGCUGGCUGAAGGGAGAGGAGACCAAUUCACUACAGCCUGCUGUCUUCAUGAAGUCUGUCUGUGUGGACAUGCCUCGCAACUACACUAAGAUGAAGUGUGCAGUACCUGUUUUCCUGUCCGCCCCUGGGACCAUUGAUAUUGGUAUUCAGCAUUUAUGGGUUGUCAUGACAACAGAGAAGCGGACACAGGUUGCCCUGGUGUCCACCCAGUCGACAAAGCCUGCCCUGGUGGAAUCGUUCCAGGCUAUGGACGUGGAGGCGGUUGCUGUGGAGAUGGUCCAGGGUUACGCCACCGUCGACACAGAAGAUGCGUUUGUGGAGGACACAGUGUGGAUGUCCACCAUUAAGUCAGAGAUUGUGGUGUUCCGUCUGUUUAACGAAGCUGGUAGAAGAGACCUGUCCACCACGGCCAGGAAACCUCGCACACGCUUCUUCUGUCACGGCAUCGCCAUGGUGAUACGGGCCAUUGACGACCGUGUGUUUGUGGGAUGCAAUAACGGAAAUCUUGUUAUCUAUGACCGGGGUGAAGAAGGGAAAUGGAACUUUCGUAACCCCACCAUAACCGUGAUAGACAAUAUGCCGAUCCGUAGUAUCCUAGUGAUGGACGAGGAGGUGUGGCUAUCGUGUCGGGACUACGUCUAUAUCGUCCAGUAUGAGGAGAACUCCUACAGCGAGAAAGUCCGAAUGAGCUCCAAUGAAGGAGGAUCUGAGAUCAGUGAGAUGGUUCGGUCAGGUGUUGGAUUGUGGGUAUCCUACAAGGACCAAUCACGUGUCUGUCUUUUCCACAUCGAAACCAAGGAAAAUCUACAGGAAGUGAACGUGAAAGGCGCUGUGGAAAGGAUGGUAUCAAGUUGUCCGACUUAUGCUAAGGAGAAGUCUACAGACAACUGUUUUGUGACGAGUCUGAUGACAAGUCGAGGCUACCUAUGGAUAGGGACAAAUGUAGGGAUCAUUCUGACCGUUUCUCUACCAAGACUGAAGGACGGGGUACCUCGCUACUGGGACAAACCCUGGGUCUCUUGCCACGCCCACAAUGGCCCAGUCAGGCUCCUUAUUCCAGUCUAUUGUGACACUAUUAAUCUCUGGCAAUUUGUUGACGGGGCCAAUCAGAUGGCAGGAAAUGAACCAUGUGACAUUAGUGACCUAGGUAGUGAAAGAGGGACAUCUAGCUCUGUUGUAGAGCCAGAGGCUUCAAAUCUGAAGGACACGUUAGGAGUUCAAGUUCUACCGCAUGAGAAAGGGGACGUACUGUUGCCUCAAAAUGUGUCCCUAAUGACCAUGAGGGAUGAAGACAAUGCUCCUUUGUCCUCUAAAUCUUCAAAGCUGCACUUGAGACACAGUCGGAGUACUAUGCCAUAUAGGAGGGAACUGCUGGAGACAGUAAAGAAAAAGCGCCUGGGUACAGUGAGGAAUUCUAAUCUCCUCGACAAGGUGUCCUCUGAGGAAGAGGUCAGCUUAUACUACAGUGACCUUUUGACCUUUGAUGAAGGGUCAGAUUCCAGUAAAAGUUCAGAUCUAUCUGAAAAAAUCAGUGGAAAUGAAUCAACUGGGAAAUCUAGUGAUGUGACUCCCGUUGUUGGGGAAACACAAAAUCAACCUCAAGGUGACGUAAACGUACAACAAAGCCACAAGGAAGGGAAACCCAAAAAGUCAUUUAGUUUACGCAAAAAAUCACUAUCAAUGCAAUCAAAAAAUAAAUCACCCAACGUGAGAAGCUCCCUGUCUCUAAGACUUCCACCUGGGGAGCACAACGGGCCACGAAUGAAGGCCAUUAGUACAUUGUCUAAGCGAAAUUGUAACGCUGUGAUUGUGAUAAGUGGGGGAGAUGGGUAUCUGGACUGGAAACGGCCGCCGCUAGAACAAAAGGAAUUCCUCCGUAACGAUGAAUCUUCUCUUAUGAUGUGGAUGUAUAAGUUCUAGAGAAUCAGUGUAAUAGUUGUUGGAUAAAAGUAGUCUGCGCUCAUCACUCCUAGUUGUGUGAGUCACUUAAGAGGGACCUGUAGUCGCCUUACGGGUUGUCAGUCUUAUAUUAUUUUGUAAAUUACAAUUUUAAUGUUGCUUUUAGUUGACCAAUUGAAUGAGGAAGCUCUCUACGUUAUGACAUCUGUUAUUGUAGUUUACAUUUACAUAGUUCGGACUCUUGACGGUACAUGGACUGUACUAAUGUUAUAUUUAUAUAUGGCUCAAUGACCACGUCUGUGAUUGUGGUUUACAUUUACAUUGUUCGACCACUGUGUUCUUGAUUAGAGUACAUACGCCAAGCUUCACUUCCACAGGGUGUACAAUGUAUGCUGAAGGUUGUAUGUGUGUUCUACUUGCUAUGGAACUGUAUUUCCAACCGCUCAUUAUUGUGUCGUACCACUUGAAUACUGCAGCACAGGUACUGAUUUAUCCAACCCAGACCUUAUGAUAUCAACACUUGGUAGGUGGAGCAAGCAACAUUGUAGAACGCCUUGUUUGAGGACAAUAAUACGAAAUUCCGUCACCUGCUGGGGAACCAACAUAAGACCUUGCAGUAGAUAGAUUGAGGCACUACUGUGCUAUGUUACCUACUUCACUAUAAUGACAUUGAAUGACCUCUGUUGUGAUUAUAUAAUGUGAUAUGUGAAUCUAGAAGUUAUUUAAAUCUUUAAAGUAACCUGUUUCAUUUCAAUGUUAAAUACUUAUAAACAAUACCUAGGUAUUUAUCAUGCUUCGGCUAUUGUUCUGCAAGAUCAGUUGUAAAUUGUGGUCCGAUUGCAGUAGAAAAUUAUUUCAUAAUUACAUAUUUGCACAUACUUUAAAUUAGGACCUACUAAAGAUUUAAAUUUGUGUUAUAAUAAUGAUUCAAAUAGCCAGAUGCUUUGUUACUCCUGAAGAACAUUUUCUUAAAAGAGGCAGGGCUUAAGUGAUCCUGUAAAUGAGAUUAUAGUCAAUAUUAUUUAAUUGGUACUUGAUUAUUGUUAUUGUAGUUUAGCAUGACUUGAAAACUGGUUGUUAUCAUUUAUCACCCCAUCCCCUUGUAAGAGUGCAUGGCAGUGUCAUCAUACAUCAGUGUUUGGUAGUGUAAUCAUUUCUCACCCUGUCACGUAUCGCUCCAGAUCCUCUUAUCAGUGUAUGGUAGUGUAAUCAUGUCUCCCCCUGUCACGUAUCGCUAC